AUGAGUUUUCUUAAUACUUUUUCUUAGUAAAAAAUUAAGAAUUAAAAUCUAAAGGCUUUAGCUUCUAACUUAAAUAAUUAACUUUGUAUCUUAGAAUAAAAUGUACUGAAAUUUAAUAGUUCAGCUCAAAAUAAUAAUAGUGCUGCAAACUCUUUAGAACAAUUAUCAUGCUCAAAUAAUACUCUAUUAAAAGACUUUUAAAAAUAAUUAUCAAAUCCUCAGAUAAAUAAUACAUAUGAAUAGAAAUCAUAAAUAUUUUCAACAGUAUUUGACUUGAUUGGAUAAAUGGAUGAUAUAAAGUAAUAAUAUAAUUAUCUUUAAGAAUAAUAAAAGCUAGUUAUCAGCAAAUACAGCAUAAGCAAAGAAAUAUUUAAUAGAUCGAAUCUAUAAUACAAAUAUGCACUUUCCUAUUUUACAGAAUCAGAAGCUUUGUUGCAAAUAGUUUUGAAGUUUAUCAAAUAAAAAUAAUAAAAAUGUGGUAAAAAUGUUUAAAGAUAUAGUAUCUGA